AGACGCAAACGUUUUCGAACGCGCGUGCGCGAAAAUGGUGCUACAUCUGGGAACACUUGAUCAGUCAAGUCAUUCCUAAUAUUUGUAUUUUCAGUUUGAGCACUCGAUGCAUUUUCGUAUCAGAUAUUUUUGAUUUUACUUAAAAACGAUAAAGUUAGAAGAUGGAUUACAUCAGUGAUGCAUGGGCUUAUAUCGCGCCUGUGGGAUGGUACGUGACAGCAAUUGCAAUUUCCUUUUGGUACGCUUCUCCAUACAUUUGGGAAAAAUAUAGAAAUUGGAAACUAAGAAAGGACGAACAGGAUUAUGCCGCAAAGUAUCAUAAGAAUACAGAUCUUUAUCAAGAAAGAUUGUCGGCUUUGGAAGCUUCGAGGCAAAGAAUGCAACAGAAUUAUUACGAGAAACGUAUGGCUGCGCUAGCAGAAAAAGAGUGUAAAAAAGAACAGAAUGGACAAUCUAGAUUAAUAGAUAUCAAUUUGGCGGCGGGUCAAGGACUAGAGAACAAGUCGAACGAUCGGUUCCCCGUUGGUAAUAAUAAAGCUAAAUCGGUAAAAAAAGACUAUAAUCCGUUAAUGGGAGACGGUUCCAGAGGGUAUCGACCGCCAAAGCGCAGCUGCUGCGGGAACGGUGGGUGCGGAUAAUUAAAACUAUUCCGAAACUCGAAUCAUUUUCUUUUGUAACUGUAUGUCGAUAGCAUCGAUAAUUAUUGUGAAAAGGUAAUCCUUUGUUACAAUAAAAUUCUAUACUUGUAGAGAAGUUGUUGAUAGGAUUUGAACAUUACCUUGUAUCGAACAAUUUUCUGUAGAUGUAUUCUCGUUUUAUUUUUUCGAUCGGGCAACGCGCGAUCAACACACAACGAAAGAAAGUGAAAAGGUAAUCAUCAGCGGUAGCAGCGAUUUCAUCGAAAACCGUUUGAAUAUUUUAGCGGAAGGUAAAAUUGGUAGAAGUAGAAUUUGUAGAAUUGGUAGAAUUGGUAGAAUGGUCAAGGUUUUAACGUUAUUUUUUAUUAAUAAUCGUUACCGAUACUAUAUUACGUAACGUCUCCGUAUAUCUUGUACGCCUUAUAUGUAUAUGCGGUAGUUGACAAUAAUGAUCGUUAUUUUAAAAAUUAUCUACACUUGUGCGCGCGUGUCUCUGCGUGUAUGCGUAUAUUACUGAUUUGUAUUAAUUGAUCGACGUUAAAACUGGACAAUUAUCCGUGUUUGUCUAAUAAUAAAUAAGUUAUUGCCUAUGAAAACGUUUAUCGAUAAACGUUUCUUCCUUUCUUUCUUAUGCGCUUUAUUUACAAAAUGUAAAGAAGAUUUAAGCUAAAUCACUCGUCAGCCUUCGUAUUUAGAUAUCGACUUAGGAGCUAAAAGAUGCAACUAAAAUUGUAACUUAUCGACGACUCGUAGUGCGCGGAACGUUUUAUCCACAUGGAUCGUUUGAUUCGAAAGUUAAUGAUAUGACGAUAAUGAUCGUAGCUAAUGUCGUAGCUGUAACAUAUUCCGACAUGUCUACGAUAUCGGUAACGUUCUCGGCGAACGAACGGAAAAUGUUGAUCUAUCUCGCGAUAGUCUCUUCGUAAGAGAUUUAGUUAGUCGCUAUUGGCAAGACCGAUAGACACGUUAAUGAAAUCGCUUGCGAAGCGUCGCGUGUCGCCCGUCAAAUUGAUCGUUUAAUUUAUUUCUAAGGAUACGAAUCAGUCUGGGUUAUACAUACAUAUAUGUAUAAUUUGGCAGUUUGACAAACGGAAGAAUAUCGACGUUUCUCGUUGUACUCUGUUCCCCGUUCCAAUUCUUAAUGGGUGGUUAAUUAGAUAUCGUCCGGUUGGCGAACAACCAAGUGCCC